UGCGUCCUCUCCAGGCUUGAUAAUACCGACGCAGAAGAAGAGGAGGGUGAGGUUCAGGGUGGGGUGGUUACUGGGGGUGAAGUUUGCCGUCCUCCUGUCACCCUGUGAGGGAGCCCCUCCCUGUGUUCCUGCCCAGCCUGAAGGGAAACUUCAGCUCACUCCAACCUGAGAGACUCCCUGAGAGCAGCUGCUCACUCCACAGUUCCUCAUCUUCCUCAUUUUCAUCACCUCCAUCCUCCAUGGCGGCCACCUCCAAGUCCUCCCAGAAGGUAAAGAAUAUGGUGAUCGCCCUGCUGGCGCUCUGGUCCAUCAUCUCUCUUAUCGUGAUCGUGGUGUGGGCGACAUCUCCGGACCUGAAGGGUGCAGCCCAGUGCCGCACCGAGCUGCAGGAGGCCACAGAGAAGCUGAAGGCGGAAAAGGUGGCCUCUGACAAGAACAAGACAGCUCUGGAGAGGAUGGUAGAGGAGGAGAGGAAGAAGCUGGCUCAACAGACAGCUGAGUACGGGCUGCUGCUGCAACAGCUCAAUACCACCAACGCUACACUGGAGGAAUGCCGGCAGGAAAACGUCGUCCUGAACAGGAACAUCAGUAUCCUGCAGGAGACCAUUGAUGAGCUGCACCAGGAAAAAUCAAAUCUCACUGUUCAGCUUGGCCUGAGGGAAGACAAAAUUGACGCCCUGAACAAUAACCUGACCCAGGCCAUUCAUCAGACCGAGGUCUGCAAAAAUCUGAGGGUGGCUGCUGAGAGCUACGCGGCGGCAGCUCAGGCUCAGACCAAAGCCUGCGAGUCCAGCAAGCAGCACGUGCAGAAGCAGCUUCAGAAGUGUAAAGAAACAAAAUCUGAAGCUUCUCAGGUGACACAGCAGGGGGCCCCCACCCAAGCCCCUGGCUCCACCGCUGCUCCCCUCACUGGUAUUCCCACACUGGCGCUGCUCAUCUGCAGCGCUCUGCAUCUGAUAACCUGAGUUGAGGACGAUAAAUGGUCGAACCGACAGUGAGCACUGCGGUCCAGAGGGAAGAGCGGAGCCUGGACUAACACACUGACUGCUGUACAAACUUCCUCUCUGCAAAACAAACUGGUUGCCGUGGGGAUGCAUCACGCUGUCUUAAGAUGAAUGACUGGACACAAACUUUGCUUUUUUUCACCCCACAGCUGAGACGUCUGCUGCCCAUUGGACUCUGCUGGCUUUAGUUUUUGUCUUUUAAAUGAGCAUUUUUAGAAAAAAACUUCCUGCAAUCAUUUUCCACAAACAUUCCCAUGAAAUAAAAUUAAAUAAAAUCCUGAAGUGAUAUUGGUCAGGUUUUUACUGUUAGCUGUGAUCAGGUUCAAAGUGUGGAUGAUCUAUUUUUUAAAUAUGCUUGAAGCUUUGUGCAUCCAAGAGGACUUUUAGAGGCUUUUCUCAAGUUUCAUUAGAUGCUGUUUUUUUUUUUGAAUGAAUGAAUGUUUCCAUUUGAAUAAACCUGAGGAUUGUUUUAA